CACAAGGCAAGAUAUCAGUCUUUUUUCCUAGCUACUAAACAUUUCACAUCAAACCAGUUUCAGUUCUCUGUUCCAGUCCAUAGUUUACAAGAUAAAAAUGAGUUCUACAAGCAGAGCUUGGAUGGUAGCAGCAAGUAUAGGAGUAGUAGAGUCACUGAAAGAUCAAGGAUUGUGCAGAUGGAACUAUGCACUGAGGUCACUUCAACAACAUGCCAAGAACAAUAUCAGAUCAUAUUCUCAGCAGCCUAAAAAAUUGCUUUCUGCUGCUUCAAAGAAGCUGAGAGAUGAGAAGUUGAAACAAUCUGAGGAGUCUCUCAGAACAGUUAUGUAUUUGAGCUGUUGGGGUCCUAAUUGAACCCUCACACUUGUUAAUGUAGUGCCAGUUUUGCAUUGAAUGUAUAUAUAACUGCCUUUCAUUAUUUAUAUGUGUGUUCCUUCAGCCCUUUUAUGUCUGCAAUUUCAGUCUUGGAUUGUUUGAGGAUUCAUGAAAUUUCAAACAUUUUUUUCUUAAA